ACCGUGGAGGGUGUCCAAAAUGCAAAGUACCUCAACGCCGCUAUUAAUGAGGCAUUACGCCUCUGCAAUUCAGUUCCCUCCGGUGCUCAGGCCGCCAAUCCUCCACAAGGAAUCGAUGUCGCAGGAUUUCAUAUUCCGGGAAACGUCAAUGUACCGGUUUCUCAAUUAGGGCUUAUGACUGAUGAGCGGUACCUUCCUUCCGUUACGAAAUUCAUGCCCGCACGGCGAACAGGAGAGCGGCCGGAACGAUUGAACGAAUUCAGCCGGAAGGGAUUCAUGCCCUUUGGCUUUAGUGUGCAUAGCUGUGUUAGGAAGCGGCUGGCUUUGAACGAGAUGCGGAUUGUAGUUGCAAAAAUUGCAAGAGAAUUUGAUGUCGUGCUUUGGGAGAGCUAUAACGAAGAACUGCUUGAAAGCGAGUGGAAGGAUUGUUUUGCGUGA